CUGGCCCUGUUCAACACCAACGUUCCUAUUUUUCCUUUCUCAAUUGGCGUGCUACGCAAUAGCAGGAAAAGCGUCAAUUGCACUGCUACCUGAGGCCGCGGCUCAACUGUCACUUUGUAUAUGUCGGACAUGCAAGGACAAUUCCGCGGAUGGCGAGCUGUCCUAGGCUGCACGUACGAGUCGCUGGCUGCGUUUCGGAUCUGCCUGGGUAUGUUGCUGACUCUGGAGUUGGUGCUCCGUUUUCGUUUCUUGCUUCCAUUCUAUUCAAACGAAGGUACACUGCCUCUUGAUCUUCUGAUGGGGAAAGUUGAUAGUCUUUAUAAGCAUGUUUGCUUUCACUGCUAUUUCGGAGAAGUGUGGGAGCAACAAAUACUUUUAUCCGUUCAAAUUAUUCUUUCAGUGUUGCUGACUUUGGGAUAUAGAACCAAUUUCGUCGCUCCCGUGUCAUGGUUUUGGUAUCUGAGUUUAACAUUGCGAAAUACGUGGAUGAACUAUAUUCUCGAUCGAUAUAUUCACUACUUGCUCUUUCUUUCCAUGUUUCUCCCGCUGGAUGAACGAUGGAGCUUGAGAGGUGCCACUUUGAAGAAAGAGAAAGGAAACGUCGUUCUUUCUCCUGGGACGAUUUUUCUGAAACUGCUGGUUGUAUGGAUCUAUGUUGAUGCCGGAGUCGGAAAAUAUAUGGACCCUCUCGGUGGAUGGACCUACCACGCCGACCCCCUACCGGCUCUCGACACAUAUGCUCGCCAUACAACUGUCGCCCGCUACAUGUAUGCACUUUUGGGGCCAGAGGGGCUCCGUGUUAUGACUCCAACGGUAGUCUGGGUGGAGUUAUUGGCAGCUCCGGUGGCUCUUUUUGGUCUGCUAGUGGGAAGCACUUCUCUGAUUUAUUUCGCGGUGAUUUCGAUUUGUUCCUUGCACGUUGGCAUUGCGUUGACCUUGCGCAACGCUGCACUCCUGUCGUUUCUUGCCUGUACGCCCUGGUGCACCUUUCUACCUCUUACGUCAAGCAUGAGUGGGGCUAGCUUUCAAAUUUCCAGGCCUGCAACCGGCAAAGUGCGUAAUACGGCGUCACUCGUUUUCAUCCUAUCCAUGCUGGCAGGUAAUUUGUGGUUGGAAACAGUAAGCCAAGCUUGCGAUCAAAGCGUAAAGCACAUAUGGAGCACUGUUUUUCACAACCGUUGGAAUGUGUUCGUGGGAGCCGAGGAAUACGUGACCUGGGAGAUCGCUCCGGGUCAGUUGGUCGAUGGUUCCGUCGUGGACGUUUGGGGGCGCACGAACAGCAUCAGCUGGGAUUUGCCCGGAUCCGGUGCACCGUGUACGGCCACGUCUAGACCCGGACGUUGGCGGUCAUUCCCGUACCUAGCUGGGUUGGAAAAUGAAGACGGAGAUGCUCUAUGGAGCUACCUGUGCCGGGAAUGGGAUCGCGAAAACGACGCAGACCUCCACCCCGAACGCAAGCUUGUCAAGUUCAACUUUUUUAUGCUGCAAGCCGAUGUUCUACCAAAUAUGCAGUUUAGCCCGACACGCAAGCGACUCAUUCAAUCGUUCGAGUGUGCUACAGCCGAGGUGCAGCAAGAAAAAGCAAUCGAGGAAGGGGACGGUGGAAGACGAGAAGAAGCUCCAUCGCUCUCUGACUCUGAGUUGUGA